AUGGCAGUACUGCAUUGGGUUGCAAUCAUUUUGUCCUUCGUAGCAGCUAGUCACAACCGUAUAGGCCUUGUGGAAGCUUCAAUUGACAUAGGUGUUUGCUAUGGAAUGUUAGGGAAUGACCUGCCUUCUCCAACACAAGUGGUAAAUCUCUACAAAACAUAUGGUAUUGGAAAGAUGAGGCUCUUUGAUCCUAACCCAGAAGCACUCCAAGCACUCAGAGGAAGCCAAAUUGAUGUCAGUAUAGGCAUUCGAAAUGAAGACUUACCCAGUUUGGCAGUUAGUCAAGAUGCUGUAAACUCAUGGUUUGCAACCCACGUAGAGCCUUACCUUAAUGACAUUGUCUUCAAUCACAUUACGGUUGGCAACGAGAUUAUUCCCGGGUCCUCAGGCAACUAUGUUCUGCCUGUAAUGCAGUAUCUACAGAAGAUUCUCGACGAUAGAAGCUUGGCUGGUAUUAAGGUGACUACUGUUGUCUCAGGGGCUGCCUUAGGAGUUUCAUAUCCACCUUCAAGUGGUGCAUUCACACUAGAGGCCAGCAGUACCAUGAGUGGCAUUCUUCCGCUUUUAGCACAACGAGGAUCACCCCUUAUGAUCAAUGUGUAUCCUUACUUUGCCUACGCAUCAGAUCUUGUCAAUGUUCACUUAGACUAUGCUCAAUUUACUGCAACAAGUCCUGUGGUUCAAGAUGGGACGUUGAGCUAUUAUAACUUGUUUGAUGCCACAGUUGAUGCUUUUAUCGCAGCAAUGGAGAAAGUAGGCGGAGCUAACGUCGAUGUGGUGGUGUCUGAGAGUGGUUGGCCUUCUGAUGGGAAUGGAGAUUUCACCACUCCAGAAUUUGCAGGGACAUAUAACAGGAAUUUAUUGAAGCACGUAACCUCAAGGGCAGGGACACCAAAAAGACCUGGUGCUUACAUUGAAGCCUACAUUUUUGCCAUGUUCAAUGAGAAUCAGAAACCUGAUGGUGUGGAGCAACAUUUUGGGCUUUUUCAUCCUAACAUGAAACCUGUUUAUCCUGUAUUUUAA